AUGGAUCCGGAGCACUGUCGCCAGCUGCCCGGCACGAAGCGGAAACUGCGACCAUGUCAACUCGACGAUGUUCGGCGUGUGAUCGAGCGGGCCGCCACGGACGGACGCCUCGGCGCCUUGCUUGCGCAUCCCAUGGGCGUCGGGAAAACCAUCACCUACCAGGCCGUGAUCGCGCGCACAUCAGCCAACUGCACGCCGCAGCCCAGCCCGAGCUCCACCACAGCCGGGAUGGACCUCACCGCUGUGCCCUGCGUGGGCGGCCCUUCGGUAUCCAAUGCGCUUGUGAGACAGACGGCUUGA